UUAUGCCCGAGGCCAAGAGAGAGUGCGUCAAGGACCUACAUAAGACACAAAGCACGCAUUCAAACCAGAUCCACACACGGAGCCUAGAGUGCUUCCACCCAUGCAUCAGUUUUCCAAUAUGUGGCCUGUGGGCAUCUGUCUCCUACCACACCCGCCCCUGACCGUUGACAGGCAUCCCUCUGUUUGGUCCCUAUGAGACCUAGGGGUGCAGCCCCAGGCAGGAUCAGAGCUGGGGACAGCCCAAACACAAGACAGGGAAUAUGAGCCAAGCACACGAAGAAGGAAGAGAAACAGGGCGCCCAGGCCCCCGCAGAACGAGCCGGGACAUGCUGGGCGCUCCCAGGGUGAAGGUGGAUUAGACCCGCCCCUCCUCAGUUCCCUAUAAGGGCUGAGGACCCAGGACUGCAGGUUCACUCAUCAUGAGGGCUUCCAUGAAACCGGGGACCUUCUUGCUGGCCUUCACUCUGCUCUGCACCCUCCUAGGUCUGGGGUGCCCACUGAGCUGUGAAGUGUGCAGGGGCUCCGGGCCCACGUGCAGCGGAAAAAUGAAGACUUGCGAGGCCGGCAAGGACGCAUGCGUGGUCGUCGUGGGGGAGUCCUGCACAAAGGGCCGCCACGCGGUGAACACCUACAAGGCCUGCAUGAAGUACAGCGACUGCUACUCGGGAUUCGUGUCCACCACGAUGGGCCCCAAGGACUACAUGGUGUCCAACACGCGCUGCUGCCAGAGCGACGGCUGCAACCAGGGCUCGGUGCCCCCUCCCCAGAACAAUCGUACGGAGAACGGCCUCCAGUGCCCGGCCUGCAUCGCGCCCUUUCAGGAGACAUGCCCCGGGACCCAGGCAGCCCGCUGCGUUGGCCAGGAAACCCACUGCGUCUACUUCGCUGGCAACGUGCAGGCCGGUCUCAUCACCCCCAAAUUUGCCACUCGGGGCUGCGCUACGGAGAGUGCCUGCUUCGCCAAGGCCGGGGCGCAGGUGCCUUCAGCCUCUUAUCUGUACUUCCUCCGCCGAGCAGACUGCCUUCCAGCCCGCCAGGCCCCUAGCAGGGCGGAGUAAAGCGCUGAGGAUCAUGUGGCUUGAAGUCUCCCUUUGUCCUCAGUCUACACCUGUCCAUGUGCCUAUAAAU